AUGAGAGUUCAGCACAUCCUUAGGGCAGGCAAAGAACUUUAUGAGGAGCUCAAAUCCCUGCAGAUUGCCCUGGGAGCUGUCCCCUCCCCCUUUGACUGCUUCCUCUGCAACCGUGGGCUCAAGACUCUGCACAUCAGGAUGAAGCUGCACUUCCACAACGGCCUGGCCGUGGCCAAGUUCCUGGAAUCCCAUCCCAGGGUGGAGAAGGUCAUUUACCCAGGGUUGCCUUCCCACCCCCAGUACCAUGUGAUGCAGAAGCAGUGCACAGGUGUUUCUGGGAUGGUCAGCUUCUACAUCAAAGGGAACAAAAAAAAUGCCACUGCCUUCCUCAAGAACCUGAAGGUGUUCACCGUGGGUUUCAGUCUGGGUGGCUUCGAGAGCCUGGCAUCAAGUCCGGCCAUCAUGAGCCACGCCUCAGUGCCUGAGGAGGAGAGGAAAGCUCUGGGCAUCACUGACACCUUGAUCCGCCUCUCGGUGGGGCUGGAGGACGAGGAGGAUUUGCUCCAAGACCUGGAGCAGGCCCUGAAGGCUGCGUUUGAAUAAACCCUGAGGGUCUAAAAGGAGCUCGGAACUGGACGUGGCUGUGGACAAGGACAUGGAAACCAAACCUCUCCUGCUCUGCCUUUGCUUUGCCAGCAGAGCUCAGUGUUUCUCCUGCUGCUGCAGGGCUUGGGGCACAAGGGCUGGUUCCUGUUACUGCUCUCAGGUCUUUCUCUUCUCACCCAUCAGCUCGGCUCAGACAUUUGAUUAAGCUCAGAUUUAUUUUAAUUAAGUUAGAAAUUUGCGUAAGAGCUUUUUCUUCUCUUGAGAUUUUAUUGAAAAUGAAGUGAAAUCCAACACCUGGCAAAUAAUAACUUUCUGAAGAGGAGACCUUGUCUCUUUUAAGAAAAAAAAUCAUGUGCUGUGGGAAUUACUGGAAUAAUUUUAAU